AUGAAAGAAAAUGGUCAUAUUCAGGUGAAUAAUUUAAUUAUUCCUAAAUCGAUUAUAAAUCAACAAACAUAUCGAUGGGAUGAAUUCUCAAAUCCAACAGCGUUGAAUAAAUCAAUACAACUUCGACAUAUUCGACACAUUCAUGAUUGUAACAAUGCUAUGGAUAAUGAUAAUAAUAAUAAUGUACAAUUAGCUGAGAACAUUUUAUAUCAAACCAAUGACAAUUCUGCAAUUGAUUUGAUCACAUUCAAUACAGAUCGUCGUAAAUCCAGAAUGAGAAAAUCUCCACAUUCAAUAUCUAGUCUUGAUGAAAAUGAAAUAGAUGAAGUUCGAAAGAAGUUAGAUCAUCUUCAAUCAUUACUAAUACAAGUUAAAAAUCAACUCAUUUCUUCACCCAAUGAUGAAGAUGAUGAUGAUAAUAUGAUUGAUGAAAGAAUCUUUCCAAAUACUUCAACUGAAGUGAAUCUUUUACAGAAUACUGAAAAGAAUACCGAAGAAAAUGGAGAAAAGAUUGAUGAUUCAUGUCAAAAUUUGCCUAAUUAUGCUACAUUUUCUGUGAAACAAUCACAUGAAUAUGCUGUGAGAAAUUGGUUACUAUCAAAUUUUAAUCAUAUUUAACUACUUAUAUCGAUAAAAGUAGUUAGAAACAAUUGUGUGAAUUAAUUUCUAUGACAUGAAGAUCAAGUUUGUCUUUAUUUCUUUUUAAAUAAGUGUUUUCUUAAAAUAUCAUUCAUCUCAUCACAAUUAGCAUUGGUAUGUACGACGUCCAUCGUAUCAGUGUUCAUCUUAACUUUGUUCUUUAAUGUUAAUUGUAGAAUGUUUCUGGAAAGAUUUAUUGAUUUAUUUAGAUAUUUAUGAGUGUAGACUAAAUCGAUAUUAUUGGAUAAUGUGGUAGAUUCUACGUGCACCAAGAGCUUCUUAACCCAAACGAAUAAACUCGGAAUGUAAUUAGACAAACUUUAUCAUAGUUACUGUUCAGUAAGUCAGUCAGUCAACCAGUCAGUCAGUAACAACGUAAAAGUAUAAGCAGUAAUCGGAAACCUUGGGGUUUGAUGUUAUUCAAGGAUUAUAAUCCAGUGAAAUAAAUUUCAAAGGAGAAAAACAUCACACGUCGGGGCAGUCGGUGUUUGGGCAUACGAAACAAAUGUCCCAGUGAUCUUAACUUAUGAAGUUUCACUAAUCCAUCAAUUGAUUUUCCAUCCUCCUCUAGUACUCGUUUCCUAACAACUGGAUUACUCAAUCAGUGGUCUCAGGAUAUACGAUCAAUGCUUCAAAGACACCUAUGAUCAAAUACUAGUAACAUUAAUAUCUGAAUAUUCCUGGAGAUCACUUUCAAUCCUAGUAGGUCAAUAUCAGCUUCUUUGACUGAUAUUAGGUAAUAUGGGUUCAAUGUACUCAGAGAACCACAAUCUCUUCAAGAUUGCAGAUAUGUCAUACAGUCACGUUUUACAUAUUAUAAGUAGUUGGAUAAUCACGGUUCCCUACCGAUUGGCCCCUACCAUUUGACAUAAAUAACUGAUAAAUC